AUACACACACACAUAUAUAUUUAUCUCCGUAUCCAUAUUUAUUCAAGUUGGAUUUGUAAAGGUAGUUGAUUUCUCCGUGAAAAUAGCUGCAUAUUCAUAUAGCUACCUUUGUGAAUUUUUAUAUCCAUAUUUAUGGAUAUGGAGAUAUAUAUGUGUGUGUAUAUAUGUGAAUACAUGUAUAUACACACCUAUAUACACAUAUAUAUGGAUCCAUAUAUACAUAUACAUAUACACACAUAUAUGAAUACCUGUAGACAUGUACAUAUGGAGAUAAAUAUGCAUAUAUGUAACAUAUAUAUAAUGGAAAUAUAGAAAACUGCCUACUUUCUUCUGAUUGAUAGUUUUUUCCAUUUAUAUAUUUGAUCAAAGAAAAUUAAUUGAGGAAUAAUUUAUUCUGGGCCAUGUGUGAUUAUUCAGCUAACGGUGCAUAUUGGGAGCCCUUAGGGUAACAUAGAUUAUCAGAAUCUUUGUUCUUUUCAUUGAGUUUGAGUUAAUAUUUAAAGAGAUUUUUUAUAUUGGGAUCUUAAGUGAGAAUGACUAGCAUUUGGGACUGGAAAUCAAUAGAUUAUUUAAGUGAGAUAAUUUGUUCAUAAAUUUCCAUUUUAAUUUAAACUCUGGUGGAGAGAUUUCAGUUUAAAGUCUCAGUUUUUUAACCCGUUUUUCUUCCAGUCAUCUUUGAGGUAGCCUUUGUUGCUUUAGAACCAAGCUGACAAAAAUCUCAGUAUGUGCAAAAUGUUUAUGAAUUUACUCGUGUCCAGGGACUUAAAUGUAUAUGAGAAUGGUGCAGGCAGAAGGGAAGACACUGGCUAGAAGGCUGACAAACAUGCUCUGUGUUCUUUUUCAUGGCAAAAACAGGCAAAAAUAUAGUAGCUAAAAUUUUGGGCUCUGUUCUCAGACUGCCUGGGUUUGAAUCCUAGAUCCACCAGUGGUCUGGUUAAUUCAAAGAUUUAAUCUCUCUAAGUGAUAGUUUCCUCAUAUGUGAAACAAGGAUAAAAAGAGUGUUUUAUAGGGUUGUGAAGAUCAAAGUUAUCAAAUAUGGUGCUUGGAAUUGGGUAGAGACACUCAAUAUAUGGUAUUUGGUAGUAUUGUAGGAAGUGAAUAGUAAUAGUCAUUUUCCAUUAAUUUAUUUACAUGCUUUGUUUUAUAUAAUUGUUAAAAAAAAUCAAAUGAGUUCCUGUAUGUCAAAGGGCCUAAACAGUCCUGUGUACCUAAAAGAUGGUAAUUAAUUUUGAUGGUUGGUUUGGGUGAAAAUAUCUGUCACUAUUUCAGGAAAAUACAAAAAAAAAAAAAAAAAAAACCCCCGAUAUUAAUAUCCAGAUAAUAGUACCUAUAACUGUGUUGUAUGCUGAAUGUUGAACUCACAAUUUCACUGGGGGACAUGUAAUUAAUGAAGAAUAUUUUUCAGUCAUUUCUGUACCAACAUUUCUAGUUGCUGGUCAAUGCAGUGUAAGUGGAUUUCCCCUGAAGACUAUUAAUUUUCUGGUUUCUAAUGUAUUGGGAAGACAUAUUGGCCACGUGGACUGGUCAUUUACCUAAAGGUAUUUUUUUCUUAAGAAAAAUAGUAAAUGUGAUCUGCUCAAUUAGGUUUAUAACUGAGUUGUCAUCUCCCAAAUGGAUCCAAGUUGUAACAAACAGUUAGCUGGUUAACCAGCCAGAGUAGAGCUUUGCAGUACUGUAUGGUGAUAGGAGUAAUGAGGGGGUUUUGCUUGGAGAGAAUUUGUAGACAAAAUUCAGCAGCCUUAGCAUGACAGAAGAGAGAUCGAAAGAGAACAGUGGUGAAGUUUCUUGCUAUUUAGAAAUUUUUUUCCUUUUCCUUAGAUACUGCAUUAGCACAUUUUCUUAAUUAUGCAAUACUUAUUCAUAUUUUUUCUAUUGUUUUGAAUCCUGAGAUUUACUCAAAGUAAAUGGAAUUAUUUUUUUCUAGCAUCUAAAACUAUGGAAACCUAAACAUCAACUAUCAGUAGUCAUGAAUUUCUUAAACAUUUUUAUAAUAUCUGAGUAUUUCAAGCAGAAGAAACCUUUCUAUUUUUUUAGAGAGAAAAAUAUGUUGUUUUAAGAUAAUUUUUAAAAAUGUACUUCCAAAAAUUGAACAGCAUUUUUAUGUCAUUGCUUUUUCAUACUGAAUAUUUAGAGAAAAUGAUAUAACACAACACAUACAUGUGAUUUUUGAUGUUGUUUCUAUUUUCUUCCUCAUAUGUGCUUUCUCUGUAACCUCAGAACUUGAAUAUUAAUUAUCUGAAUGUAACCUGGACCAUCUAACAUAAUAUAAUUACAUUGAUAAUGAUUCUAUUUUCUUCUGUUUUAUUUUGCCAUUUUCACCAUUCCACGGACACAAUCUUUAGCGUUGGUCAAAUCGGAAGCGAUUAAGUGCCAGCAAGUCCUCUUUGAUACGCAACCUACGGCUCUCUGAGUCCUUGAAAAAGAACCAACUCUGGAAUGGGAUUAUAAGUAUAACUUUGUUGGAAGGGAAGAAUGUCUCAGGAGGAAGCAUGACAGAGAUGUUUGUCCAGUUAAAACUGGGACAUCAGAGGUAUAAAAGUAAGGAUGGGCAUUUUGGACAUUGAAGUGUGGGGAAAGGACAGCAAAAAGCAUGAGGAGCGUCUGGGCACGUGUAAAGUGGAUAUCUCGGCACUCCCUCUGAAGCAAGCCAACUGCCUGGAGCUGCCACUGGACAGCUGUCUGGGGGCUCUCCUUAUGUUGGUCACACUUACACCCUGUGCGGGGGUCUCCAUCUCUGAUCUGUGUGUCUGCCCCUUAGCAGACCCCAGCGAAAGAAAGCAGAUUACCCAGCGAUAUUGCUUACGGAACUCCCUGAAAGAUAUGAAAGACGUCGGGAUUUUACAAGUGAAGGUUUUAAAGGCAGCAGAUCUCUUAGCGGCAGAUUUCUCAGGGAAGAGUGACCCAUUUUGCUUGUUGGAGUUAGGCAAUGACCGACUUCAGACGCAUACCGUCUACAAAAACCUCAACCCUGAAUGGAACAAAGUUUUUACAUUUCCCAUUAAAGAUAUCCAUGAUGUUUUGGAAGUGACAGUGUUUGAUGAAGAUGGAGAUAAACCCCCAGAUUUUCUUGGAAAAGUUGCCAUUCCCUUGCUGUCCAUUAGAGAUGGACAACCAAAUUGUUAUGUACUAAAGAAUAAAGAUUUAGAACAAGCUUUUAAAGGAGUUAUUUACUUAGAGAUGGACCUUAUAUAUAAUCCGGUCAAAGCAAGUAUUAGGACGUUUACUCCCAGGGAAAAGCGCUUUGUUGAAGACAGCCGCAAGCUGUCCAAAAAGAUCUUAUCAAGAGAUGUGGACCGUGUGAAAAGAAUCACUAUGGCAAUAUGGAAUACAAUGCAGUUCCUUAAAAGCUGCUUCCAGUGGGAAUCUACGUUAAGAAGUACGAUAGCAUUCGCGGUAUUUUUGAUCACUGUCUGGAAUUUUGAGCUAUAUAUGAUCCCUUUGGCAUUGUUGCUGAUCUUUGUCUACAAUUUCAUCAGACCUGUGAAAGGCAAGGUCAGCAGCAUCCAGGACAGCCAGGAGAGCACAGACGUAGAUGACGAGGAGGAUGAAGAUGACAAGGAAUCGGAGAAAAAGGGGUUGAUCGAAAGAAUCUAUAUGGUACAGGAUAUUGUUUCAACUGUUCAAAACAUCUUGGAGGAAAUAGCUUCUUUUGGAGAAAGGAUUAAAAACACAUUUAACUGGACGGUCCCCUUCCUUUCAUCUCUGGCCUGUUUGAUUCUGGCAGCAGCCACCAUCAUUUUGUAUUUCAUUCCACUGCGGUACAUCAUUUUAAUCUGGGGCAUAAAUAAAUUUACUAAGAAGCUUCGAAAUCCCUAUUCCAUCGACAAUAAUGAGCUACUAGACUUCCUCUCUAGGGUGCCAUCUGAUGUUCAAAAGGUGCAGUACGCGGAGUUGAAACUCUGCAGCGGCCACAGCCCCCUGCGGAAGAAGCGCAGCGCUCUCUAGGGCACACACUGACUUUGGACAGCAGCACCCAAUAUUGUGUUUGGUUGAUUAGACCAACGUUAUGGCUGUUUCAGUGGUACCCAAGGUGUCCUUCUGAAAUGCAUGCUCUGUGGCACCCUCUGUAUUCUUCCUCCUCCUUCAUGUGCACAGACAUACAUGCAUGUGCACACACCCCCAUGCAUGGGUGUCCUAGUUGCAUAGAGGGUCAGCCCAGCAAAAAGCAACAAUCCUGAGACUGGGAAAGACUAACAUCCAUCCUGAAAUAGGAGACAAAAAGGCUGCAGCCAUGGGUCUGAACACCACCUUCCUUGAGAACAGCCAGGAGCCUGCUUGGAUUCAAGAGUGACUUUGAACUUGUUUUCACACCUCCAACAGACUCUCAUUAAGAUUCAGUUAUUUCCACUCCCCAUUCCCACACUCCUUUCAGAUUAUUGUUCAUGUGCGUAAGUCUCUUCUCCGAGUUAACAAGUCUUCGGUAGCCAUCAUCUGUCCAAAUACGGUAUAUUAUUGAAAGACAUUUUUAAUAAUUACCAGAAUUAGUUCGAACCUUUAGGGAUCUUUCAGCCAUGAUUAUUAAGGAUAUGUAUGUGAAUUUUUGGGAAACCUCUGAGUGCUGGAUGGUCAACCUGCAGCGUGGUCCAUUGCUGGCCAUGGAUGCCCCAGGAAGGUCCCUAGAGAUCACUCACUUGAAAAAUGAGGCUUCCAUGAAAGUAUUUGGUUCCUUUCUGCUGCCACUUCUUCUGACUUUACUUUUUGCAUAUUUUCAAAAUAUCAUAAAAUGUCAACAUACAAUUUCAGAAAGGCAGGUGGGGGUAGGGGAGAAAUGAAUGAAUGAAUUCUCUAGGUAUUUAGAAAGAUAAGGAACUGAAGACCAAGAGACUAAUAAGGCUGCUUACCUAAUUAUUAUAAUCAUUUCAUUUGCCUGAAUGUUUUAAGCAGAAAGUAGAAAUACUUCAGCUGCCCAAAUGUAUCUUUUGUUCCUCUUAGAAGUAAAAUAAGCUACAAACAAUAAAAAUUUAUUUCAGAACCCCAUUUCUAGAAAAUACCACCCCAGAGUCCUCCUUUGACAGCAUCUGUUUCUGCAGACCUCAUCAUUCCACAGUAUUUCCCUGCCAUGUAAAAAUCCUGACUUUGUGCAUAUAUAAAAUGUAUGCAAUUAACUCUGUUUAAAUGAUAUUUAAGUUUUAAAGACUGUAUUUUGUUGACACAUACUUUGUGCAGUUUUUAUAUAUGUAUGUAUUAUAAAGAAAAGUUAAGGUAAAAAGAUCUCAUUUCAUAGUGAGUUCCCUAUUUUAUUUUUUUUUUGUCUCUGGGUUGUAAUUUAAUCAUCUUCAAACAAAAUGUUUACGAAAAAUGCCAAAGAUUCUAAAUCUUAUCAUCCAGUGUCUGUUUUUCUUCAUGUUGUAUCUCACUGGGUUGCUUUCUGGCUGAGCCAGAUUUCUGCAUGAUUUGAUUUACUUCAAGUUAAUGAAGCUGGCUGGAAAAGAGCCUUGCAGAAAUUAUAAAAGCUCCAGUAAAUCUCGUAGUUGUACAUACAAUAGAUACCCAAGAACCUCUUGUCAAACCAGUUACUCAAUCUUCUGUGUCAACAAUGCCUCAUUGUCUUGCUUCUAACUAUCAUCUAGUUUAUCACUGUCUGUCAUUUUGUAACGACCUAAGUCAGACAUUUUUAAACAGACAUGUGAGAUCUGAUCAGUCAUUUGAAUGAAAACUUUCAGCAGCAAAAUAACAACCCCUUAUUUAUUUAAAAGUGGAACCAAUACUUUAUUGUUGUUCUUUUGCUAUAGAAUUUCAAAAUGAAAUUAUUUGCCCGACAAGAAGGCAUCAUUAGUUAGACUUCUUUCCUCUAUAGCCCGACUGAAAUUCUCAGUGUUAAGUUUAGGACCCAAACACCAGCUGGGAUGUAAGAGCAGGACCGAAUCAACCUUGAAUAAACUGUAUAUAGAAAACAAUUGUUAGUUAAUUAAGUAGACAUUGGAUGUUAAAAAGGAAUGUUAGUUGUAAGUGACAUGUUAAGAUUUAUACAAAUUGUCAAAAACUUUUAGGAAAGAUUCCAGAAUGCUUUCAAUAAAAUUUAUGGAUUAUAGAUUCACAGUAUGAUAAUUAAGUAGGGAUGCUGAAGUCUUGCCAAGUUUUCCUGGUUCUUUUCUCAAACUUUAUCCUCCCAUUUCUAGUCCUGUCUCUCAAUCUAAUAGGCAUCUACACCUCAGCAGGUCAGAAACUAAACAUCAUCUGUCUCUCCCUGUCUUCAGAACCCCGACCCUCAUAAUCUCCUUCCAGCUUCUUUGUUUCCCUUACUGGCACUGGCAUUUUCUGGGCUCAGAAUUUCUCGGUCAUCCUCUUUUUCGUUCCUCGUGCUGUUGUCCUCGUCUCCCAACCCAGAAAGCCUAGUAAGUCCAGUGUCAAUGCGUUAACCACUUCUGUUCUGAUUGCCACUACCCAAGUGGAGGCCUUCAUAACCUCUCAGAUGUCACGGCCAUGAUGCCAGUUACAUUAUGCCUAGUUAAUCAUUCAGACUGGAAGGACCUCCCCUCAAUUUCUUUCUGAAUAGAUUCUACUCUCCUUCAACACUUCCAAGUCUCCUGCCCCAAAGAGCCUUGGUCCUGUGGCUGGAUGUGACUCCAACUUCCUUUUUUGUACCUUCACAUCUUUCAUAUCUUUCUGGCAUCUGCCGUAAAUCAUAAGAGGCUUUGACCACUGUCCUCCACUGAAUAGCCCAUUAUAGCUAGCACCUAAUAGUUACUCAGAAAAUAAAUACUUGUUUAACAGGCCAGAUCAUAGGGAUUAUUUUUCUUUCUCUGCCUUUUCAUGUGCUGCUUUCAGAACAGAGGACUGGGUUGGACAGAUUAGUAUGAUCUAUCCUGGAGAUUAAUUUCUUGCAUUAAGAGCUUAUUUUGUGUGAUAUUAUUUAUAAUCCCUGGCUAUGUCAAUUAUAACCUUUUAAAUUAUGUCUUAUAUUUGAAGUUCUUACCUACAUAUCAGAGGAAAAUAUAAUGUUUAUUUCCAGGUGGUAAAACAGUCUUUUGAUUCUUUUUUCUUGUAAAUUAUCAUUUAACAAGUCUAUAUUGAAUGCUGAUAAUUUUCUGGAACAAAACAGACCGCAUCCCCUUGGUAGAGCCAGACAUUAAACAGAUACUUUCAAGAAACAGCAUGCCAUGCUCAGAUUUAAGUUUGAAAAAUAUUCUGGCUGCAAUGCAUAGCCUAGCAAUUUUCAAAGUUUAGAGAAGAGUUAUUAAUAUUAGUCUUUUGUAGUACUCUUGAUAAAUGGAUAACACCCCAGACUUCCAAAUAGUGGCACUGGAAAAAAAAAUAAGUAGAAUUGAGAGACGGUGAAGAGAUAAAGUGAGCAGGACUUAACAAUUGCUGGACUAUGGGAUGAGGGAGAGUAGAGUCAAGGAUGGCUCUCAGUCACCCUGUCUCCAGGUCUAGGAAGAUGGUGUUACCUUUCACUAAGGGAGAGAACUGUAAGAACUGCUGUGAGAGGACCACAGGAGUCCAGUUUUAGCGCUGAAUCUCAGGUGCCUGAAAAGCAUCCAAAUGGGAAUGUCAGCAAGAUAAUGGAAUAUACGGAUUUAGUUCUCAGAGAAGUAACACACUGUACUUGAUAUGUACACAAGUUAAGGGCAAACACUGCAUAUCAAAGUGAUUGAAACUAAAUGCUUCAAGAAAUUAAACCUUGAAGAACUCAACAGUCGAUGUCAUAUAUAUAAAGGCAAGUCAGUUAAGAAUGUAAAUAGAAACAGGGGUAAAUACAGAGGAGAAAAACAGUAAGCAUGGACCACCCUAGAAUUCAAUGGCAGAGCAUACUUCAAGAAAGCUGAUGUGGUCAAUAACAUCAAAUGCUGCAGAGAUCACGUAAGUACAGAAUCAUGACCUUAAUGAUGUGACAGUUUGGAAGCACCCUGGCAACAAGUUAUUUCAGUGGAAUGGUAGAAAUGGAAACCACGUUUGGGUUGAGAAGUGAGUAGAUGUGAAAAUAUGGGGUCUCUGAAUGGAGGUAACCUUUGAAAAAUUCCACUGUGGAGGAGAAAGGAGAGAGAGGGCUGGAAUUUGGAAUGAAAGGAGAUAUUUGGGAUUAUUUUAGUAAGAAAACAGAUGUGUCAUGACCUCAGUCUAAAUCUAAUGCAAAAAAAUUCUUCAUGGACAUGAGAUGGAGUUAGCCAUAUUCAUUAUUUAAAACUAUGUUCUGCACUUACACAUUGUUGGUUGGAGUGUAAAUUAGCUCAACCGCUGUGGAAGACAGGGUGGGUGUUUCCUCAGAAACCUAAAGAGAGAAAUACUGUUUGACCCAGCAAUCCCAUAACUGGGUAUGUAUACAAAGGAAUAUAAAUUGUUUCUACUAUAAAAACACAUGCACACACAUGUUCACUGCAACACUAUUUACAAUAGCAAAGAUACUGGAUCAAUCCAAAUGCCCAUCAUUGAUAGAAUGGAUAAAGAAAAUGUGGUAGAUGUAUACCAUGGAAUACUAUGCAGCCAUAAAAAAGAAUGAGAUCAUGUCAUUUGCAGGAACAUGGAUAGAGCUGGAGGCCAUUACUCUUAGCAAACUAAUGCAGCAACAGAAAACCAAAUACCACAUGUUCUCAUAGUAGGAGCUAAAUGAUGAGGACACAUGGGUACAUAGAAGGGAACAAAAUACACUUGGGGCUAUUGGAGGGUGGAGGGUGAAAGGAGGAAGAGGAUCAGGAAAAAUAACAAGUACGAGGUUUAAUACAUGGGUGAUGAAAUAAUCUGUACAACAAACCCCUCUGACACAAUUUACCUGUGUAACAAACCUGCACAGGUAUCCCUGAACUGUAAAAAAACCUAUGUUCUAUCAAAACCUGCCUCUCAUUUAUGUAUUAGGAAUCUUAUGGCAACAGAACAGUUGAAAAACUAAAAUAAAAAUCUUCUGAAAAUGCA